AAUCACAUUCCCAUUCCCAUUCCCUCCAAAAACAUUUUCAAAACAAGCUCUCAUUCACAAUUCCUAAUUCACAACCCUCUAAAACCGAAAUUCAAACAAAAGCUUGAACCGCUAUUUAUGUCAACUCCUCAAACGCAAGACACUCCAAUCUCACCAAUCAUUCCUUCACUGCCUUCAAAUUCAAAUUCCCAUAUUUCUCUUUUUCAAAUCAAGAAACCUAUCUCUCUCUCACCAUUUCCAUGGCCUCCUUCAAGCCCUCAAUUCCCAUUACCAGUGACCGUUCUGCCCGGCCUUCUGGCGAGGUCCACCUCAUUGUGGGCCCCAUGUUUGCUGGCAAAACCACUGCCCUUCUCCGCCGGAUCAAGUCUGAGGGCAACAAUGGGAGGAAUAUAGCAAUGAUAAAAUCAAGUAAGGAUACAAGAUAUGCGAAAGAUUCGGUUGUGACACAUGAUGGGAUGAAAUUUCCAUGUUGGGUAUUGCCAGAUCUGUCAUCGUUUAGACAAAAAUUUGGGGUUGAAGAUUAUGAAAAGCUAGAUGUAAUUGGUAUUGAUGAAGCUCAAUUUUUUGAGGAUCUGUAUGAGUUUUGCUGCAAAGCUGCUGACCAAGAUGGGAAAACUGUAAUUGUUGCAGGCCUGGAUGGUGAUUACUUGAGAAAGAGCUUUGGCUCAGUACUUGACAUAAUACCCCUCGCUGAUUCUGUAACCAAGUUGACAGCUCGUUGUGAACUUUGUGGCAAGCGGGCUUUCUUUACUUUGAGGAAGACAGAAGAUACACAGACGGAACUGAUUGGUGGGGCUGAUGUUUAUAUGCCUGUCUGCCGCCAGCACUAUAUCAAUGGACAAGUUGUCAUUGUAGCGGCAAGGAGUGUUCUAGAAUCCCGUAAAGUUAAAAGUGAAUCCUAUCUUGAGGCUACUGUUGUUUAGUAACAUAUAUGGCUUGUUUACAGCCAAUAGUUUUUGCUUGGGCUUGUAUUGUUUUUCAAUCAGUUCUGAAGUCUAUACAAUAUGGUGAACUUGGACAUGUCCUUGGAAUGUUUCUUUAAUGUAUUUUCAACCAUUAUGUAUAUAGAAUGAAGUUUCUUCCAAGAAUUCCAUUAUUGGUGGAUGUAUGUUAUUAAGUUCUGGUAAGAAAUCAUAUUCUCCCUUUGUUGAAAUUGUUCA